AAGGGCAGGGAAGAGCAUGAGAAAGGAGUCAGGAAGACAGAAGCUCUGAAAGAAUGAGCAUUCAUCAGAUGAGCAGUUCACUCUCAUUCUAGCACUUUUUCUGAUUAAGGGGUGGGACCUGAGCUGGGAGGCUUGGCUAAAAGACCAGAGCAGUCCACUUGCGGGACUGCUUCACACAACCAGCUUCCAGUGUGCUGGAGAGGACUUGGGGUACCAGCAACCCAGCUGCUCUGGGAGUGACUGAGCUCUUGGGGCAAGAAGUCAGCAGUGGCAAGAUUUGAAACAGACACACCGGUCAACAUGAGCACAGCAGGCAAAGUUAUUAAAUGCAAGGCAGCUGUGCUGUGGGAAUUCAAUAAACCAUUCAGUAUUGAGGAAGUGGAAGUUGCCCCCCCAAAAGAACAUGAAGUUCGCAUAAAGAUUAUGGCCUCUGGGAUCUGCCGCUCCGAUGACCAUGUGAUAACUGGUGCACUGGUUGAGCCUCUUCCAAUAAUUCUUGGGCAUGAAGCAGCUGGUGUUGUGGAGAGUGUUGGGCAGGAAGUGACUUCAGUCAAACCAGGAGACAAGGUUGUUCCACUCUUUCUUCCACAGUGCGGAGAGUGCAAGAGCUGCUUAAACACCAAGGGUAACCUGUGCAUUAAAACUGACUUUGGUUUGAAACGUGGAUUAAUGGCUGAUGGCACCACCAGAUUCACCUGUAAAGGAAAAGCAAUUCACCAUUUUCUUGGUACAAGUACCUUCACUGAAUACACAGUAGUGCAUGAAUCUGCUGUGGCCAAAAUUGAUUCCACUGCUCCUCUGGAAAAAGUUUGUCUAAUUGGCUGUGGAUUUUCAACUGGUUACGGGGCUGCUCUGCAGACUGCCAAGGUGGAACCAGGCUCCACCUGUGCCGUUUUCGGCCUCGGAGGAGUUGGCCUCUCUGUUGUCAUGGGCUGCAAGGCAGCUGGAGCUGCCCGCAUCAUUGCCGUGGACAUCAACAAGGACAAGUUUGCCAAGGCCAAGGAGCUGGGAGCCACUGACUGCAUCAACCCUAAAGAUUUCAAUAAACCCAUCCAUGAAGUGGUGAUGGAAAUGACCGGCGGGGGUGUGGACUACUCCUUUGAGGUCAUCGGCCGUACAGAUACCAUGACUGCAGCCUUGGCCUGUUGCCAUAAUAACUAUGGAGUCAGUGUGAUUGUGGGAGUGCCCCCUGCAGCACAAAAGAUCACUUUUGAUCCCAUGCUCCUCUUCACUGGUCGCAGCUGGAAAGGCUCUGUCUUUGGAGGCUGGAAGAGUAAAGAUGCAGUUCCCAAACUGGUUGCUGACUUCAUGAAUAAAAAGUUUGUUCUGGACCCAUUAAUAACCCAUACACUACCUUGGACAAAGAUCAAUGAAGGAUUUGAUCUUCUAAGGACAGGAAAGAGCAUCCGCAGUGUCCUGACAUUUUAGGAUUCCUAGAUGUUAAGCAGCAGAUGGCUCAGCACCAGUAUGAACUUCACCAUCCUCC